AUCACUCCCAAGAAGCUCACACACGCACACGGAAGAACUUCCAGUAUCGGAACAACAAGAAGAAGUAGUAGUUGAAGCUGGAUUGUUAAGAAGGCAAUGCCUUGCUCUUCCUUUGGUUCUAACGUUGGUGGUGGUGAUUGCAACAACAACAACAACAACAGCAAUAACAAGAAGGAUGGUUCUUCUCUCUCUGAUUUCAAGCUGAACGAAUCCACCUUUUUGGCUUCACUCAUGCCGAAGAAAGAGAUUGGUGCCGAUCGAUUCCUCGAUGCUCAUCCUGAAUACGAUGGCCGCGGUUCUCUUAUCGCUAUCUUCGAUUCUGGUGUAGACCCGGCUGCUGCUGGAUUACAGGUUACGUCAGAUGGGAAACCAAAAGUUCUUGAUGUCAUUGAUUGCACUGGGAGUGGAGAUGUUGAUACCUCAAAGGUGGUGAAGGCUGAUGCUGAUGGUCGUAUUUGUGGGGCAUCAGGAGCAUCUUUGGUUAUCAAUACUUCAUGGAAAAAUCCUUCUGGUGAAUGGCAUGUGGGUUAUAAAUUGGUUUAUGAGCUCUUUACGGAAGAUUUGACUUCUCGGUUGAAGAAAGAAAGAAAGAAAAAGUGGGAUGAGAAAAACCAGGAUGAAGUUGCUAAGGCUGUAAAACAGCUUGAUGAUUUUGAUCAGCAACACAUCAAAGUGGAGGAUGGCAAACAUAAAAGGGCUCGUGAAGAUCUCCAAAAUAGGCUUGAUAUUCUUAGAAGGCAAUCUGAGAGCUAUGAUGAUAAAGGGCCUGCCGUAGAUGCUGUUGUCUGGCAUGAUGGAGAGGUCUGGAGGGUUGCUCUUGAUACACAGAGUCUUGAGGAUGAUCCAGAUUGUGGGAAGCUUGCUUACUUUGUGCCCUUAACUAAUUAUAGGACUGAGAGGAAGUAUGGUGUCUUCAGCAAAUUAGAUGCUUGUACAUUUGUUGUUAAUGUCUAUAAUGAUGGGAAUGUCUUAAGUAUUGUAACAGACUGUUCUCCCCAUGCGACCCAUGUUGCUGGUAUAGCUACUGCUUUCCACCCGAAGGAGCCCUUGUUGAAUGGAGUUGCACCUGGAGCACAAUUAAUAUCUUGUAAAAUUGGGGAUUCUCGCUUAGGUUCAAUGGAAACUGGAACUGGUUUGAUUCGGGCACUUAUAGCUGCUGUAGAGCAUAAAUGUGAUCUUAUCAACAUGAGUUAUGGCGAAGCAACAUUACUGCCAGACUAUGGACGCUUUGUUGACCUUGUCAAUGAAGCGGUGAACAAGCAUCGUGUGAUAUUUGUGAGCAGUGCUGGUAAUAGUGGGCCAGGAUUGAGCACUGUUGGUGCACCUGGUGGUACAUCUUCAAGUAUCAUAGGUGUUGGUGCUUAUGUUUCUCCUGCUAUGGCUGCUGGUGCACAUUGUGUUGUUGAGCCUCCAUCAGAGGGUCUUGAAUAUACUUGGUCUAGCCGAGGACCAACAGCUGAUGGAGAUCUUGGUGUCUGUGUCAGCGCUCCUGGGGGUGCUGUUGCCCCUGUUCCUACUUGGACUCUUCAACGGCGUAUGCUCAUGAAUGGGACAUCAAUGGCAUCACCAUCAGCCUGUGGAGGAACUGCAUUAAUCAUAAGUGCAAUGAAGGCUGAGGGAAUUCCUGUGAGUCCAUAUAGUGUGAGGAAGGCUCUGGAGAAUACUUCAGUUUCCAUAGGUGAUUUACCUGAGGAUAAAUUAUCCACUGGACAAGGACUUAUGCAAGUUGACAAGGCUUUUGAAUAUAUACAGAAGUGUCAAAAUAUUCCGUGUGUUCGGUAUCAAAUAAACAUCCAGCAAUCUGGAAAAACAAAUCCUUCAUCACGGGGCAUCUACCUUAGGGAGGCGAGUGCUUGCCGGCAAUCUACUGAGUGGAUAGUGCAAGUUAAUCCAAAAUUUCAUGAAGAUGCCAGCAACUUCGAGGAAUUGGUUCCAUUUGAGGAGUGCAUUGAGUUACGUUCUACUGCAAAGACUGUUGUGAAGUUCCCUGACUAUCUCCUGCUCACCCAUAAUGGUCGAACCUUCAAUGUAGUUGUGGAUCCUUCCAGUCUAUGUGAUGGUCUUCAUUAUUAUGAGGUCUAUGGUAUAGACUGCAAAGCUCCUUGGCGUGGACCGCUUUUCAGAAUUCCAAUUACCAUAACAAAGGCCAAGACUGUAAUUAAUCAGCCUCCACAAGUUUCAUUUACAAAGAUGUUAUUCCAGCCAGGCCAUAUAGAAAGGAGAUAUAUAGAAGUGCCACACGGUGCAUCUUGGGUUGAAGCAACAAUGAAAACAUCAGGUUUUGACACAGCUCGAAAAUUUUUUGUGGACGCUGUUCAGAUAUGCCCAUUGCAAAGACCUUUGAAAUGGGAGAAAGUGGAAACGUUUGCUUCACCUGGUGCCAAAAGCUUUGCCUUUAGUGUAGUGAGUGGUCAGACAUUGGAACUAGUCAUUGCUCAGUUUUGGUCAAGUGGCAUAGGGAGUCAUGAGACUGCCAGUGUGGAUUUUGAGGUUGUAUUUCAUGGUAUAAAAGUCAAUCAAGAAGAAGUAAUGCUAGAUGGUAGUGAAGCACCAGUCAGAAUUGAUGCUGAAACACUACUGGUAUCUGAGGAACUUGCACCCGUGGCAAUUCUAAACAAGAUUAGGGUCCCAUAUCGACCAGUAGAUUCUAAGAUUUGUGCACUUUCAACAGAUCGUGACAAACUUCCCUCUGGAAAGCAGACACUGGCUAUGACUUUGACCUACAAGGUCAAAUUGGAAAGUGGAGCUCAAGUUAAACCUCAAAUACCAUUGCUAAAUGGCCGGAUAUAUGACACAAAAUUUGAGUCUCAAUUUUAUAUGAUUUCUGACUCAAAUAAGCGCAUAUAUUCAAGUGGAGAUGUCUAUCCAAGCUCUUCAAAUCUUCCCAAGGGAGAAUAUGUUCUACAGCUAUAUUUGAGGCAUGACAAUGUACAGAUUUUGGAAAAGAUGAGGCAUUUGGUGUUAUUCAUUGAACGAAAUUUGGAAGAGAAGGAUGUCAUCCAGUUAAGCUUUUUCUCUCAACCUGAUGGCCCUCUGCUGGGAAAUGGUUCUUUCAAAUCCUCUUUGUUACUUCCAGGUAUGAAAGAAGGAAUAUAUUUGGGUCCACCACCAAAAGAAAAGCUUCCCAAGAAUUCUCCACAAGGAUCUGUAUUGUUAGGGGCAAUUUCAUAUGGGAAGCUAUCAUCUGCUGAUCAAGGGGAGAAUAAAAAUCCAGAAAAGCACCCUGCGUCGUAUCGGAUUUCAUACGUAGUUCCCCCUAAUAAGAUUGAUGAGGACAAGGAAAAAGGUACUUGCUUAUCUUCCAAGAAGACUGUUUCUGAACGUUUAAAAGAAGAGGUAAGAGAUGCAAAAGUAAAAGUUCUGGGAAGCCUAAAACAAGAAACUGAUGAAGAGCUCUUGGAGUGGAAAGAGCUAUCUGCAUCGCUUAAAUCAGAAUAUCCAAAGUACACUCCAUUGGUUGCGAGGAUUUUGGAAGGUAUAGUUUCUAGGAAUAAUAUCAAAGACAAAAUCUCUCAUGAUGAAGAGGUGAUUGAUGCAGCAAAUGAGGUGAUUGACAGUAUUGACAGGGAAGAGUUAGCAAAAUUUUUUGCACUAAAAGAAGAUCCAGAAAAUGAGGAAGCAGAGAAUAUCAGGAAAAAGAUGGAGUCAACCCGUGACCAGUUAGCAGAGGCACUGUACCAAAAGGGGCUUGCGCUGGCAGAGAUUGAGUCUUUAAAGUUGGCAGACUUGACUUGGUGUAUAUUGUCAAAGGAGGUAGAUAAGUCGUCGGCGUUGGCUGCAACAGAAGGUGCAAAAAAGGACCUGGGCAAUGAGCAAUCUUCAGAGGAUGGCAGUCACCAAGACUUGUUUGAAGAGAACUUUAAGGAGCUGAAGAAAUGGGUUGAUGUGAAGUCACCUAAAUAUGGAAUCCUCUUGGUGACACGUGAGAGGCGUUCUCAAAGGCUUGGGACAGCGUUGAAGGUACUGUGUGACAUAGUCCAAGAUGAUGCGGAGCCUGCCAAGAAGAAGUUCUAUGAACUAAAGCUCUCUUUGCUUGAUGAGAUUGGAUGGACACAUAUAGCUACAUAUGAGAGACAGUGGAUGCUUGUGCGUUUCCCUCCAAGCUUGCCCCUUUUCUAGGGCCUGCCAAACGAGAGAAUGUUGGGAAGCAAAGUAAGGACUUCGGUGCAAUGUCCUUUUCCUCAAUAAUUUGUAUUUGUGGGGACAAUUCAUGAAACAGAGACCUUUUUACGUAUGGCCUAUCCUUUCCUUUUUCCACACAUCUUGGCCUGGCCAUCGGUCAUGGUGUGGAAAAUUUGCCAUUCAGGUGUACUGCUAAUACUUAAAUGUGGCUGCCAUGUCAAGGGGUUGCCAAACCCCUUUACAUUAAUAUGAUUAUUACAGAAUAAAUAUAGUUUUCACUUGUCUUUUCUCGA